AUGCGGGAUCGCUCCUGCUGGGUUAUUGCCUUCCAGAUUUCCGCCUUGCUGCUCGGGCUGCUGGAGGUAGAAUGCAACAAGCUGCACGUUGCAAGCUCCAAGUUGGCAUCCGAUGGCAGAGGCAAAACUUCCGAGGAUGAUGCGUUGAUGUUCAAGGCCAAUGCUGCGCCCGCACCUGCACCGGCCACGGAAGCGUUUUCUUCCCCUCCGGGUCCUCCGGGAAUCCGAGGACCUGCAGGACCCAAAGGCAGGAAAGGUCGGACAGGACGGCGUGGCGCACCUGGGCCACCGGGAACUUUGGGCAUGCCACCGAUGGGGGGGAUGCCUAUGCCAUUUGCAUAUCCUUAUCCAAUGAUGAACCCUUACAUGAACCCUAUGAUGAAUCCCAUGGCUGCCAUGAACCCUUUUAUGGGGGCCCAGCCUGGUGUGGCAAGCCCACUGACACAAGCCCCUCCAGUGGCUCCUGCUCCAGCAGUCGCCGAGGUCCCCACAACGACUCAAUUGGCGGCUGCCCUAUCACCCAAGGCUGCUGUGGAGUCGCUGCCUGGAGCACCAGCACCAGCUGCUGCUUCGUUGGCAGCACCACCAGCCGUUGAGGCUGCGGUGCUGAACGAGGCACCCGCUGCAGCACCAAUUACAACAACAGCUGCUGCACCCGCGCCUGCCACGCCAGUGGUGGCGCCUGUUGCAGUUGCACCUGUUACUGCAGCACCUGUGCAACAGUACAGCCUGCCUGCGCCGGCGCCAGCAGCAGUUCCAGCCAGUACUCCUUACUCUGCUGACGCAUCCAUUCUGAAAGCAGCAAUGCCAUCCCCGGCAGCGCCAGCACCAGUGCCGGCAACCGUGGUGGCUCCAGCACCGGCACCUGCCAGCAUAGAGGUCGAAGCUGGCAAGGCAGCACCGCAGCCCAAAGCACAGCCUGGUGAGUCGAGCAUGCCUGCGGGCAACCGCGACUCGGCAAAGGCAGGCGGUGUGGAUGAUGCUACAAAGACUGGUGGCAAAGCUGUGCCAAGCGCAGAGUCCGCUCUCAAAGAUGCCGCCGAAAAGGCCAUGAAGGAAGCCAAAGCCGACGCAGCCAGCAAUGCUGGCGGCGCCGGAUCCGGUCUCAUAGAUGAAGUGACUGGUUCCAAUUUCACAGAGGAGACAGAGGAUGAGCCGGGCGCUAAGUUGUCGUACAAGACUCUGAAUGGGGUGCUUGGCUGCACGCAAUCGGGCUGGGCCAUUUGGAGACACUGCGAGUAUUACAUAUCGCGUUGCAAGGCAAGCGAUUCCAGCAACAUGCUAGCAUCGCCUGCUCCUGCUCCUGCUCCGGCACCUGUGCUGGCUGCGUCGCCAGCCUUGAUGGGACCUGGGAUGCUUGGCCCAAAGGGACCGAAAGGGCCUCGUGGCCCAAAAGGCCCCACCGGAGAUGCAGGCGAUGCUGGUGAAAUGGGGCCACCAGGCCCUCCCGGGCCCACUGUUGUGAUGGGCUACAGCAGCUACAAUCCCUACAUGAUGCCGCCAAUGAUGAAUCCCUUCAUGGACGGCAUGCCAAUGCCACCAAUGCCGGCAGCAUCCUCUAUGCCAGUAGCUCCCACAAACACUCUCCCCACAAGUUUGGGAACCUCUCUGCCCGCCAACCUGGCCAUGCCCAAUAUGUCGGCUGUUAUGGAAGCACAGAAGUCCGUGGUCAGCACAUACACCACGGCAGCCAAGCCUGCAGCCUCUGCGAUGCCACCCUCAUCCGCCGUCGCACAGCUGGCGGUUGAAAGGCACCGAGAAGCGCCCCAAGCGCAAGAAGCAAGACAUCUCAAGCCAGAAGCAGGAAACCGACCUCCUGUGCAGCAGAUGUCAACGGCUCCCCCCAGCAGUCACAGCAACUUUCUUGCGACCAUGAAGCGAUCAGUUGACAAGGCCGAAGAAAUUGGGUCCUACGUCCCAUUUGUGCCUUGGCGUCUCCUGAAUGAGGCUGUGAAUCGCAGUGGCAUAGCUUGA